UUCUCUUUUUGGGGCAAAACCCGAGACUCCCCGUUCCAUACUUCUUCCCCUGCUUCUCCUGUAAAAUCUAUGGCUUCUCUCUCUCGCUUCCCCAACCCUUAACUGGAGAAACUCUCGCCUACAAAACCCAUAUUCUUUCGCCAUGCGCUCUUCCUAUUUUGCCCCUUCUUUCUUCCUCUAUUUACCUAUCUGUAACACUCCUUCACUUCCCGGAAACCUCGUCGGAGCUAACCACACUUCUGCUCGUUUCUGUUUCCGCUAGUCUUCCAUACGUUAUUUGUUUUCACUCUUCUUUUACCAAUCAAACAAACACACAGAUUGAUAGUGGGCUAUUGAUUUCUUUUUCUUGUUAUUUUUCAAGGUGUGUAUAAACACAACCAUGGAGCCCUCGGGAGGGAAGCCAAACUUCUUGAGGAACAUUAUGGUACGGGCUCUUAUGUUUGGGGUUUUUGUCAUAGUCGUUCGAUUCGCUUACAUUGUCACCAUCUCCGGGGAGGCAUGCAAUCUCGGCGAUUUCUGCUUCUUCUCUCUCCCUGAAAAUCUUAAUUUUGUAAUCGCCGGGGCCGGACCUGGUGCUUCCGCGAUUGCCGGUAACGAAGUUGUCAGAUCCAGUUCUAGGGGUCCUGCGCCCGAUCUUUACACCAGCAAGGACUGGAUCAGGGCAACCCAAUUCUAUUCUUCCGUCUUCCAAGAUCUAAUUGCCGAGGGCUACCUCUCUACGGACUCAAAGUCGCUAUGCGUCGAGACGGUAACUGGACAAGAUGUCUUCGCCUUGAGGGAAAUAGGCGUGAAGGACUCAAUCGGGAUUUGGAAGAAAGCUUCGCGCCCGUUGGUGAUUAAAGGUGAAGCGCAUGCGAUACCGUUCGAUGACAGUACUUUUGACUUUAUCUUCUCCGGAGGAGGCCGCCUCGACAAGUCUCCACGGCCGUUGGAUUUCGCGGCGGAGAUUUCAAGGACGCUGAAACCCGAAGGGUUUGCGGUGGUUCACGUGGCGGCAAAAGAUACGUACAGUUUCAAUUCAUUCCUUAAUUUGUUUAAUUCUUGUCAGUUAGUGAAAACGCGUGAUAUAGAUGGUUUAGAUUCUUCAAUGUCUUCCAUUAGAGAAAUUAUCAUGAGAAAAGACAGUGAAUUUGAUGGUCAUCGGGAAAGAGAACCCGGUGGCGACUCUGAAAAUAAGUGUUCGGUUCCGGGGUAUAAGCUGGAUUUAGUCCGGAACGCAGAGCCUUUGAUUGCAGAGGAGCCAUUGAAACCGUGGAUUACUCUGAAGAAGAAUAUAGAGAACAUAAAGUACUUACCAUCAAUUGCUGAUAUAAGCUUUAAACGUAGAUAUGUGUAUGUUGAUGUUGGUGCUCGGAGUUAUGGGUCCAGUAUUGGGAGUUGGUUCAGGAAACAGUACCCAAAACAGAACAAAACUUUUGAUAUAUAUGCCAUAGAAGCUGAUAGGAUUUUCCACGACGAGUAUAAAACUAAGAAAAGGGUUGAGCUAUUGCCCUAUGCGGCAUGGGUGAGGAAUGAGACGUUGUCAUUUGAGAUUAAUCAUGACCCAGGAAAAGAAGUGAAGGAUAAAGGGAGAGGAAUGGGGAGAAUUCAGCCAGCAAAAUCCUACUCCGAUGGUGGUUUUGACGGGGAGGUGGAUCAGAUUCAGGGGUUUGAUUUUGCAGAGUGGCUGAAGAAUACUGUAACAGAGAGGGAUUUUGUGGUUAUGAAGAUGGAUGUAGAAGGAACUGAAUUUGAUUUGAUACCGAGGUUAGUUGAGACAGGAGCAAUUUGUUUGAUAGAUGAGAUAUUUCUUGAAUGCCAUUACAAUAGGUGGCAGAGAUGUUGCCCUGGUCAGAGGAGUAGCAAGUAUGAGAAAACCUAUGGCCAAUGCCUGGACCUGUUUACUUCUCUCAGACAAAGCGGAGUUCUUGUUCAUCAAUGGUGGUAACUUUUGCUGCUGAUACAGAUUCUACCAUCUUUUUUUACGUUACCUUUUUGAUUCAAGUUACGUUAAGCCCAUAGCUUUUAUUUUUGUUAAAUUCUUCUUCCUACAUCAACAGUAAAAAUGUAGUUAUCAUAAAAAAAAAAAAAAGGGUGAAAUGUAGGAUUCUUUGCAUAUUGCUUAUGUUAUUUUAAGAUCAACAACUUCAAACAAAAAGUUUCGUUACCUGGGUGAGCCUUUUGACUUUCUUCCUCACUUUUGAUAUGGAGAUAUAUGUAUAUAAUGAUUUGAUCCCCGAGAGGCGCUGGUGAUGAAAUUUUGGUAUUUGAUGGGUGAUGUUGAAUUGCAGAAAAGUGGGGUUUAUUUAAUGAUUGCCCAUGUUUUCAGACGCAAUUCUUCUGGAAAUGUGUCUUUUUUUUUUUUUUUUUUCUGUCAAUUAUGAUGCAUACAUGGAAUUUUACGGUGA